AUGGCGUCGCCGAGUACAGCCAGCUCACCCCGUUCGGAGUCUCGCCUGCCAACGAGUAUACCAAGCUCGCCGCCUGACUCGAAUGAUGACCUCGAGGGCGCAGAUGAUGCGUUGGUAAAGGAGGAACAGGAAGCGCGAGCUGAAAAUGACAAAAAUGAAGAGAAGCGUCGUCAGGCCCUCAUGAAGAAAAAGAAGAAGAAAAAGGCAGAGACCAAGUCUGAGCGAGAAGCCAAGGCUAGAGAACUUGACGACUUGCUGGCAAAGUCAGCUGCGUUCUCAGAUAUUCUCACCAAAAAGACACAGGUUCUUGGCCGUGUGGGAAGUAGCCUCGACGGAACGACUCUCGGUGAACACAACUUGAAAAUGGCACAGCAGCCCAAGUGUAUGAUCAACGGUACCAUGCGCGACUACCAGCUUGAGGGUUUGACUUGGAUGUAUGAGAUUUGCUCUCAAGGCAUGUCUGGUAUUUUGGCCGAUGAGAUGGGUCUCGGCAAAACUGUUCAAACCAUCGCCUUGAUUGCGUUGCUUCGUGAGCAGGAGAAUUAUCUUGGUCCCCAUUUGAUCGUUGCGCCCCUCAGUACGCUCAGUAACUGGAUGGAUGAGUUUCACAAAUGGACACCCUCCAUCCCUGUUAUCAUGUACCACGGCGACAAACACGGCCGAGAGCAGAUCUUUAAAACCGACAUGAUGAAGCAUCUCAAGAAUGGUCGUCCUACUACCAAAUUCCCAGUGGUUUGCACGUCGUACGAGAUGGUUCUCCGCGACCAGCACAACUUGUCGAGGAUUAACUGGGAAUUCAUCAUCAUUGAUGAAGGUCAUCGCAUGAAAAAUGCAGAGGCCAAGCUGUUCCAACAGCUUCGCCAGUUUUCCUCGGCUACUCGUCUUCUCAUUACGGGAACUCCUCUCCAAAAUAACUUGAAAGAGCUGUGGUCACUUCUUCACUUUCUUCUGCCCAACAUCUUCACUGACUGGGAGGCGUUCGAGUCCUGGUUCGACUUUUCAGAUCUUCAGGAUGAGGAAGGGACUGAAGAGUUCAUUGCUGAUCAAAAGAAGCAAGCGUUGGUAAAGAAGAUUCACCUGAUUUUGCAGCCCAUGUUGCUACGACGCGUCAAGGCAGAUGUCGCAGCAUAUCUCCCCAAAAAGCGGGAGUAUGUGCUGUUUGCUCCCAUGACAAAGGACCAAACAGACUUGUACAAUGUCCUUACUGACAAAAAGGUCGACACCCGUGAGUAUCUUGAGAACAAGGUACUCGAAAAGCUCAAUGCAGGCGUAUCAGCGACACCCAGCGCAAAGUCAUCUCGAUCGAGCAGUCGUGCCCCACCAAAGACCAUGUCACUCCCAGUUCGCGAGUCCUCACGUAAGAAAGAGGUCAAGUCUGAGGAGCCCGAGAAAUCUAAGGAGCCAGCCCCGAAUGCUUUCUCCGUUAUGAUGAAGAAGCGUGGUCGUGGGAGACCUCCCAAGAAUCCAAAGCCCGAUGCUUCGAUCCAAACUCCACAAAAGCCUGGAACGAAACGCAAGAACCACCCUGUAGCAUUGGAGCCAGAACCGAAGAGCACAAAGUCGAGUCGCCAGGCAACGCCGGUGGGUUUGCGCAGAAGGUCCAGAAAGACUCGCACAUACAAGGAUGCCGGGUCAGAUGAGGAAAAGAUGUCGGACGAUGAGUUUGAGGCCAAACUCGCCAAUGAGAUGGAGUCUGAUGACGAAGACAAGGACGACAAAGCCUCAAUGACUCCUGAGGAGCGUGAACGAGCGGAGGCGUUUGAGCUUGCCAAAAAGCAGAUUUCCCACAAGAAGCUCGGCAACCCAAUGGCCCAGCUAAGACUCGUUUGUAACUCACCGCACAACUUUUACAACCCUUGGAAGGCUUCCACCGAGCUCCCUGUUGACGACUCCAUUGUCACCGCCUCUGGAAAAAUGCUUCUCUUGGAUCGUCUACUUCCCCGCCUCUUCGAAGGCGGCCACAAAGUCCUCAUUUUCUCUCAGUUCACCACGCAACUGGAUAUCCUAGAAGACUACUGUGCUGAGCUUCGAGGUUGGAAGGUCUGCCGUAUCGAUGGGUCUGUCGCGCAAGAUAGUCGACGAACCCAGAUUGCCGACUUCAAUAGCGAUCCAGAGUACAAGAUUUUCCUCCUGUCAACUCGUGCAGGUGGUCAAGGAAUCAACCUUGCUUCAGCGGACACAGUCAUCCUAUUUGACUCCGACUUUAACCCCCAGCAAGAUCUCCAAGCUCAAGAUCGUUGCCAUCGAAUCGGCCAAACCCGUCCCGUGGUUGUAUUCCGUCUUGCGACAAAGGACACAGUCGAAGAGUCACUGCUCAACUCAGCAGACGCGAAACGACGUCUCGAGAAACUUGUCAUCAAAAAGGGCAACUUCAAAACCAUGGGUCAAAAGAUGGAUCUCCGUGAAGAUCUCGACCCUGAAUCUCUCCGUGCCCUCCUCUUGAAGGAUGGCCAAGUGUACAAAGUGUCUGGUGGUGAAGAAGUACUCAGCGACUCGGACCUUGAUGUUCUCUGCGACAGAAGCGACUCAGCCUACGAAAAGGCUGCUAGCGGAGAAGGCGACGCCGAUGCUUUCCGUGUUGUCGAAACAGGUGCCGAUUCUAUCAAGAUGGCGCGUAAGGACUAA